UGUUCAAAACAAUGUCAAAGUCUAACGUUUUCUGAUAAAAGAACAAAUGAUUUCGAAGAAUCUAUUUAGGUAAUUGAAUAAUUGUAGUUUUCACGAUAUUUCUGUGUAAUCAGUGAACUAAAUUAUGAAUUAAUCGUUAAACGGUUCGGUGGUGAUAAAAGUGUGCUAUUUGUCACACAAUUUGUGUCGUGUUUGUGUUGUUCGAUUUGACCGGAAAACCCAGCCGUGUUAUUGAUCAUCUUCCGUCCGAUGAUAUUUUAAAUCUUCGAAUAAAAAUGGAUAGUAAAACGACUCCAGAUUACUGGAAACGGCCCGAAGAUGUAAUGAAACAAUUCAAGCAACGUAUGAGAAAACGAUCUCUAAAGUUUCAAACUACCGAUCAAGAAAGUAAAUCUAAUCAAGCUCCAGAAACAACGGAAAAUGAUAAGAAAUUCGCUAGUCGAAAUCCGUUCAAACGUGCAAAAACAGAACCUGGUCCAAAAUUCAGAGCUGAUCUCAACGACGAUACUACCACCGAUGGUACAUUAUUCAGACUGUUGAAUUUCUCGCAACAGAAUUCGAGUAAUUCGGUCGACGAUUCUGCCAAUAAUUCGUUCGCUAAUGCUUUCGCUGCGUUGAAUAAUCAAUCGUCGUCCCAGAAAGAUGCUGAAGUAAGCGAUCCUUUGAAAAGUGAAGACGUAUUUGUCGAUUGGACAUUACGCUGGAGGGUUCGAUUAAUGUCUCCUCAAUCGUUUCCUUGGAACAGGAAAUUGAAAACUUGCGAAGAAGCGUCCGGUAUAACCGGAUUUGUCAGAUGCUUAGAUACGGAUGUUCAUAAUGACGAGAUUAAUUUAGAUACUAGUCCAAAUGCGAGAUUUCAUCAGUGCUGUUUAGUUUGGCAACAUCCUCACGUGCCUUGGAUAGAUUUAUACCCUAGAACGAAUCGGAAAUCAACUAGUUCUUCGGAUUUAUCAUUACUGCCUGUAAAAGAUACCUUGUACAAUGCUUGGGUUGAUAGUUUUCGUAGUCUAUUUCAAUUGGUUCGAGCGAAACAGUGUCCAUAUUUUUAUUUGAUGGCCAAUACAUUCGUGUGUCUUUUUCGAGCCGCUGGGAUCAACGGAUAUACAGAAAUUAAUGCUUGUAUUACUCCUACUAGUCGAGGAUUCCGUCAGUUGCUCAAAGACGAAGAUAUCGACUUCACGAUGCCUUUAAAAUCGAGCGAAAAAACCAAAAGUCCGCUGAAUGGCGAUAGUCAAGAUACCGGUUACGAAAGUCUCGACAUGGCCGAAGAAGCAUACGACAAGAAUACCAAUGACGAUGACGAUACCGACGAAUGGUUACAAACCAUGGGUAUAGAAGAAUCCCAAAUCAAAAAGAUGAAUGAUAAACAAUUCGAUAUUAUCCUUGGUAAAGAUAAAGUCACAGAUAGCUUGCCAGAAUCUUUGGUUUUUGUAGAAGGAGUCGAAGCUCAAGCUUUAUUUAAUUUCUUGAUGAAUUGUAAAUCAAUUAUUCCCACCAGUGGCCCGUUAGCUGGUGUACCUCCUACCCUUCUAUCACCUGUAGCAUUCACCGGAGCAUCUUUAGUAUCUUUAAAAAUCAAAGAAAGUAUGAUCAGAAUGCAAGAAAAAAAUUAUCAUUCGAUAGAAAUACGUGGUCCUAUGUUACCUCAUAUGGUUCAUAAUUUAUGCGACUUGAUGAAAAACUCAUCGUUAGAAACAUUUUUGUUGGCCUUUGCCGAUAUAGAAUCGAGUAAACCGUUCACUACCGUAACAGCCUGCCAUAUGGCGGGAGCCUCAGAUUCAAUUCCAUCUCCAGUCAAGACACCUCGUACUCCGAGUGUAUUUGGCGAAACAAACUUGAGUGAUUGUGGUUUAAAACCGAAAGUUUUAGCAAGGUUUUGUAACAGUCGAGUUAAACAAUUUGACAGUAUUCAAUUUAGUAAUAAUCUGUAUACUUGUAAAUAAGUAUUUAGUGUGUUAAUAUAAAUUUUAUUCGCGUG